CGCGGAACCUUUGUCCUCUACGGGAAACAGGAAACGUAGCAAACACAUGUCGCACGUACCGGAAAUUCAUUCCCUAAGUCACAUUGACGAGAAAACCCGGUCACGGAAAGAUUUGGACCUUUGAUGAGUCGCCCCAUUACUGAUGAUUUUAUUAAGCUGAUCAUAGAUGAUGUUUGGCUUGAGGGUUUUCCCACGACUUUGUCUUUUAAAUAGAACAACUUAUGGAGUCCGAGCUCUUGGAGGGAUUUUAAAUCGAUGCGUCACACCAGCCCUUCCUCCUUCCUGCUCAUUACUACAGCAGAAACUAAGAAAUUACUCAACAGCAGCAGACAACAUGUCUCCCCCACGAUGGGUACAGCUUGAGCCAGAGCUGGAAGAGGCUCUGGUGCCACGGAAGCUGUCGGUGAGUCCCCUGGAAAGCUGGCUCUCUCUACGGUACUCCCUACCUCCCCUGCUGGAGUCUGCCCAACCGCAUGGAGACAUAGAGCUGCUGGAAGAGAAGUUGCUGCCAUCACUUUCUGUGCCUGUUUUGGAGGACGGGGAAGGCACAGCUGCACCCAUGAGAUGUAAGAAUGUUUUAGAGAUCAGACGGCGAAAGAUGAACCGGCAUAAGUACAAGAAGCUGCAAAAAAGGACCAAAUUCUUAAAAAGAAGAGUAUUGGAGGGCAGAGGGAAAAAGAAGCAGAAAAAAUUUGAGGAGGAUCUUAAGAGAAUAUGGAUGCGAGCUGGACUGAAGAAGGCUCCGGAGGGAUGGGUCACACCUAAGAUCUUUAUUAAACAACAUGGAAACAAAAGGAACUGAAAAACACUGAAAGCAAAUGUUUUGUCUGUGUUGCAUCCUUCCCACUGGCUGACCCUGAACACCACACUUCAUUGACAGGUGGUACGCUGCUCUCUGCCCGUCUAAGUGAUAAGGUCAUAUUCCUUGUGUGUGUACAGUUACAAUUUGCAAAUACAUAAUCUCAAUAAAGGUCUCCCUGACAAACCUCACACAUAUAA